AUGGCCGUCUACUGCUAUGCGCUCAACAGCCUGGUGAUGAUGAAGAGUAGCCACAACGGCAAGAGCGACGGCGGCGGGGCUCCGCCGCCUCCCGGGACGCCCGCGCUGCUGCCGGGGACCCUGCCCCGCCCCGCAGCGGCCGGACCCCCGCCGGGGACGCCGGCCCCACCGACGGCGGGAGGACCGAGUCCCGAGGACCCCGGGACCGGCCGGGAGAGCGGGAGGCGGAGGAGGAGCGGCCCCGAGGAGCCGCCGCGCCCGCCGGGGAGGUCGGGCCGGUCCCGGGGGAGGCGGCCGGCGGCCGGCGGCGCCCCGACGGUUGCGCCCCCGACGGCCCCUCGACGGGCGGGACGGGCCCCGCCACCCCCGGCCCGGCCCGCCCCGCCCCCGCCCCAGGGGCCGGCCGAGCCCCCGAGGAGCCCCGCCGAGGGCCGGCCGCCGAGGGAGCCGGGAGCCCGCGCCCGCGGAGCGCUUUGCUCAGCGCCCGAACCCCCGCCCGGGGGGCCGGAGAGGCGAGCCGUGCCCCGCGGGGCCCCCGCGCCCCUGUCUCCGCCUCUGCCAAGCUCCGCGCCCUCCCGGGCCGGCCGGGGGCCGGGCUCCCCCCGAGCGCCCGGCCCGGCCACCUCCUCCGAGAAGCCUGCCAAGGGGACCCCUGCCCCGACCCCCGCCGCCCACCGGACGGACCGCCCGGGAAGAGGGGAGGGGAAGGAGGAGACUCCCUCGGGAGGAGGGUCCCAGCCGCUGCCCCGCACGGAGGGGGCAGAGAACAGAGAAAGACACCGGGGCCCUCCCAGUAACAACUGUGGGCAGCUCAGGAGUGGGCUGACUUUGCCCAGCUCCAUGGAGAAGCCUGGCACGGCUUGGACAUCACCUGGCCCGGGGAUGCUCUCAGUUGGGGCCGGGUGGCAGCAGCAACAGCAGCAGCAGCAACAGCAGCAGCAGCAACCACAGCAGCAGCAACAGGAUGACAAUCAGGGCAGAGAGCAGGGGUUUGAGCCCGCACGGUCUCCCGAGUGGAAGAGGAGUCCCUUCCCCAGGGAAGGCUGCUGCCCCGGCAACAUCCCAGCCGUCAUCAUCACCGACACGGGAGCCCAGGAGGAUGGGGGACUCGAAGAGGCUCAGGGCAGCCCCCAAGGGAAAGUGCCCCCAAGGAAACUGUCCUCUUCCUCCGCCUCCUCCACGGGCUUCUCCUCCUCCUACGACGAUUCCGAAGAGGACAUCUCCAGCGAUCCAGAGCGUCCCUCAGACCAGAACUCGGCCUUUCUGCACACUUUCGACCAGCAGAAACCCAGAGUGAGCAAAUCAUGGAGGAAGAUCAAGAACAUGGUGCACUGGUCUCCCUUUGUUAUGUCCUUCAAGAAGAAGUAUCCCUGGAUCCAGCUUGCUGGACAUGCCGGGAGUUUCAAGGCGGCCGCCAAUGGGAGGAUCCUGAAGAAGCACUGUGAGUCAGAGCAGCGCUGCUUGGACCGGCUGAUGACGGACGUCCUGAAGCCCUUUGUGCCGGCCUAUCAUGGGGAUGUGAUGAAGGACGGGGAGCGCUACAAUCAGAUGGAAGACCUGCUGGCUGACUUUGACUCUCCCUGUGUGAUGGACUGCAAGAUGGGGGUCAGGACCUAUCUGGAAGAGGAGCUCACCAAGGCCAGGAAAAAGCCCAGCCUGAGGAAGGACAUGUACCAGAAGAUGAUUGAGGUGGAUCCAGAGGCCCCGACCGAGGAGGAAAAUGCCCAGAGGGCUGUGACCAAGCCACGCUACAUGCAGUGGAGGGAGACCAUCAGCUCCACGGCCACCCUGGGCUUCAGGAUCGAGGGCAUUAAGAAAGAAGAUGGUUCUGUGAACCGGGAUUUCAAGAAAACCAAAACAAAGGAACAAGUCACAGAGGCCUUCAGAGAGUUCACUAAAGGGAACCACAACAUCCUGGUCUGCUAUCGGGAACGUCUGAAGGAUAUCCGAGCCACCCUGGAGAUCUCUCCGUUCUUCAAGUGCCAUGAGGUAAUCGGGAGCUCACUCCUCUUCAUCCAUGACAAAAAGGAGCAAGCCAAGGUCUGGAUGAUUGACUUUGGGAAAACCACACCCCUUCCCGAAGGCCAGACCCUUCAGCACAACGUGGCCUGGCAGGAAGGAAACAGAGAGGACGGCUACCUCUCAGGACUGGACAACCUCAUUGACAUCCUAACAGACAUGUCCCAGGGCGAGGCCCUGCCCUGAGAUCAGCUCGCCCCCAUCGCCCACCACUCCUCUUCUUCCUGGCUCCCCCCAAUCUUUCCUCCUCCCCUGUUACCCAGAUUCUUGCCCCAGAACUGACUCUUCCAAACUGCACUACAAGACACUUUCUCCUGGAGGAGGAAGAGGAAGAGGUGGGGCAGGGAGGGCCCUCUACAUGCUCUUUCCCUAAAUUGUCAGUUUGGGGUUGGGCUAUCCUUUUUCUGGGAGAAGGCCGAUUGUCAGAUGGUGUGGUUGAUGGGCUGGGUUUAGUAAAGGGGUGCUUGGUUUUGGGGGAGGAAGAUGACCAUCACAAUCAAUCAAUCAAUGGUAUUUAUUGAGCGCUUACUGUGUGCAGAAGCACUGUAAUAAGCACCUGGGAGAAAAUAAUGUUGGUAGACAAGAUACCUGCUCUCAAGUAAUUUACAGUCUAGCCAGGAGGAGCCCCUGGGAGCCAGCGGCUGGCAGGGCUAUAUCCUUCCCAUGGACCAGGCAUCUUCCCCUCUUCUCCUCUCAUCCCCCUUGCCCAUGCCGGUCCUUCGGUUUGGUAUCUUGUAGAGUAAAUGCUUUGGGCGGAACGUUGAGCACAGGCCACAUCAUCCAUCCAGCCUUGGUGGGGCACGACUGGGUAGGGGGCUGCCGCCACCUAGUGGCCGGUGGACAGUCCUGCCGCUUUUUUCCCUGCAGGUCCCUGGUGAACUGGGCUUGGAGUCCUGGCUUUAUUGCCUUGUGUUAAACUUUCCCCCGUGGUUACAUCUCACCAGGGCUUCUCCUUUCUGCCCCAGGUGGAGGGAUGACAAAGUGAUUUCACGUUUGUGAAAGAGAGCAGAUGGUAAGGAAUUAGGAGAGUGAGGUGAAGAGCUUGUGGUCCACUCUCGGGGCCUUUCUUGGCCCAGCCCCAGGGUGCGGGCAGUGAGCCGGGCCCCUUGAGCCUUCCCAGGUUGGAAGAGCCCAAGGAGAUUCAGGUGGAAAAGGGCCACAUUUGAUCUCUCGGUCACCCCCAGGUCUACCCUGGCCUUCAUUUCUUUGGGAUGAAGAACUGAGAGAGAGUAGGGUGGGCCCUGGAGGCCUCGAACAGCCCCAUCCACUAUGGGCUGGACCCCUGGACCAGCACUGAGCCAACUGGAGGCAAGUGGGGGGAACAGGCCAGCCUGAGCCCAAGCCCUUCAGGAUCUUUCCCACCCCAAUUCUGUAUCCAUGCCCCAUCUCCCCACCCCUCUGGUGAAUGGAGAAGGACAAGAGCUUAGAGAAGCACUCGUGGGAUCUUGGUCACUUGACUUUCCUUCACUCCCUCAGCUGUACCAGCUGGUCUGGCUGAGCCUUGGCAUGAAGCCACGUGCUUCCCCGAGGUACCAACCAAAGACCCCAGGCUUUGGGGGAGGGGCUUCUCACUGGGUGAGGGUGAAUGGAGUCAUGGAGACUCCAACCCUGAACCCGUGCUUUCUCCACUUCUUCCUCCUUGGCUCCCUUCCUCUUCUCUCUUUGAACAUUUGAAGAUAACUCUUCCCCUGCUGGAGGCCAUGGAGUGUGUUUACCAUGGGGUGGGGUGCCUGUUACAUGCAUUAAAUGCACCUGUCUAAACCCUAAAAGCCCACAAGCAGCCACUGGUCUGGUGGCUUUGCAGGGCCCGGGACUCAAACUGGGCUGGGCCCUUGUCAUACAUGGAGUGAAUAGUUCCCUGGGGGGAAGUGGGCAGAGGGUGACAUAUGUGGGUGAAGCUUCAAGGAAAUGUUUUUAAAAGCAACUGAGACUUAUGGACUAGCAAGUAAAGCCUCUUAGGCUGGGAACCCCAGGGCAGGCCAGGUGUGAGUCUUACUACAGGGACACCACAAGCCUCACCAGGUGCAGGGAAUAACCAGGCUGGCCUGGUGGGGCUAUAGUGGGGGUUUAAAUCACUGCCCUUCUGCCCCACCUGGUUUGCUAGUCUAAUUCUUCUUCUUGCCCCUCACCUGGUUCACCUGUAGCCCUUCCAAUCUAGGCCUCCACGGGUUCCAAGGUGGCAUGUGGUCCCAGGCAAAACAAAAGGUGCAGCCCUCCCCCACCCCUUUGCCGAGAUUUGGACUGUUGCUGGCAGUACAUCAGUAGCAAUAUUUCUCCCUUCCAUCGUUUCUCCUCUCAGUGAGACUCCAGCCCCUCCAGUCCAUUUGGCCUUCCCCACCUUUCUGAAGUUUUCUCACCAGCAUACAUCCGGGAGUCUAUAGAAGAUCAGUACUAAUUUGUCUGCACUGUUUAGCUUUGGCCCAAGUGUUUCCUAAGCUGCUUAGGUGAACUUGCCUCUGUUCCAUUAGUGUCAUGGAAAAAAAUUAAGUUAUAUUUAUUUGUGGGGGUUUUUUUUAAUUGCACAAAAACACUAAGACUAAAUGCAUGCAAUUUUUUUUUAAGCUUUUAGCUUUCCAAACAUCCUUUCUCUCCCCUGAAGUAAAGACCCAGAAGCUGCCCUUGUCCAUUUGUGUUAGGGUUUUUUUUAGCGCUGUAUUUAGCUUUAAGUUUCUUUAGACACGGUUAGUCCAAGUGUGUAUAUAAUUCAGUUUCCCCACUUUAAGGAUUAAGAAAAACAGGAUACCCUUUGCCAAUAUAUGUGCCUUUCCCUAGAGGAGGGAACCGCAGGGGUGGGGAGGGUCCUUCGUCUCCCUACCCUGGGUCAUUUGAGAAAAUCAAACAUUAGAAAGCACCAACGCACAGUGCCUGUAAGACAAAGCGAUGUCCUGUAACUUCUCAAAUAAAAGUGUAUGGAAAUAA